AUGGCAAGGGCAUUGAGGGAGUCCAUGAUCAUUUUAAGGGCGGAAACCCGAGCAAGGGAGAAUGUUGCGGAGGCUAAAGCUAGCUUCCUCACGAGGGAGUUUUUAAGGACCAAGCCAGAUGAAUUCUAUGGCGGUCCCGAGCCAAAGAAAGCAGAUGAAUGGCUUGAACAAACCAUGAAGACAUUCGAGAUGCUUCAUAUAGAGGACAGUGAGCUUAGAGUGACUCUUGCGAGUUACUAUCUCAAGGGGGACGCGGGGCAGUGGUGGAAGUAUGCUAAGGGUCGGAUAGCACCGACAUGGGAGGCAUUUGUAGCAGCCUUCCAAGACAAGUAUCAACCUCCCACGACUAGGGAGAGGUUGAGGUUGGAGUUCAAGGAUCUUAAGAAACUUACUAUGUCCGUUGCCGGGAACAUGAUCCGGAAUCAUGACCGUCUUGUGGAGGCGGCCGCACAUGUAGAGAUUACGGUGGAAGCCGAAGAGGAGAGACUUCAGAAUUUGAGGUCUAGGGGCCAUGGAUCACAGGGAGAUUUUAGGCCCAAUAAGAAGAGUAAGAGCAUCUUUUCAUCUCAGUCUCAACCACAGCAGUCGAGGUCCACUUUCCCUUUGCCUAGUGCAGGCUCAGGGAAGGGUGCAUCAAGUGGGUUUUCUUGCUUCAAGUGUGGCCAACCGGGUCACAAGGCCUUUGCAUGUCCACAGAAAGGAGGAGGACAGCAGAUAUUGCCACUACCACCACCUAACCGAUCCCAGAGUCAGACUCAGAGUAGGAAGUAG